AUGAGCUCAUUGAAGGAGGAGGAGGAAUCCGCCACCCCAUCGCGCCGGAAAGUAUCUUGCACCGUUUACUUCGAUGCUCUCUGGUUCUGCUACUCUCCGGUUCAUCAGAUGCAAAAUUAUUAUCGCCUUGGUUACCUCGACAAUUGUUCCAAGAAGUGGACUGCUCUGUUUGAUUGCUUAAACUUGAAAACAAAGCGAACUUCUGAGGCGGAGGAGGAACAAAAGCAUUAUGGUUUUAUUGUUGCUCCGCUUGUUGUAUUUACUGUGUGGAAACCAUUAGAAAUUUCCAUUCACGUUUCGUAG